ACCCACAUUCAUAAAGAACAACCCCCGCGCCUCCACCUCAACCCAGCCCACCAUUUUCCCUCAUUUUCUAUAAUCCGAAUUCCGAAGCAGAGAUAUUUUCCACAGAAAAUGAAAGAAACUUCGCAAUACCCCCCUCCAAUCAGCCCUGCUCUCCACUCUUCUUCUUCUUCUCAUUAAUUGCCAAACACAACCGCAGACUUGUCUGUUUCCUUGGUGGUGGUGGGUGGGAAGAUGGCUUGAGUCUUCACAUGCUGCAGUGGUCAAUUGACGGCCAAACAAUAUGGGUGCAGCGCUCUCCAACCUGACCGAAGGCGCUAACGGCUCCACCAUCGGUCCUGGUCUCGGUGACAUACCUGAGAGUUGCGUCGCUUGCGUCUUUCUUUAUCUCACUCCUCCUGAAAUUUGCAAUCUCGCUCGCCUGAACCGGGCCUUUCGUGGCGCUGCAUCCUCCGAUUCCGUGUGGGAGUCCAAGUUGCCUUCUAAUUACCAGGAUCUUCUUGACCUAUUGCCUCCUGAACGCUACCAGAAUUUGUCUAAGAAGGACAUCUUUGCCCUCCUAUCUCGUCCCGUGCCUUUUGAUAAUGGCAACAAGGAAGUAUGGCUGGACAGGGAUACAGGUAGGAUUUGCAUGGCUAUCUCGGCAAAGGGGAUGGUGAUAACUGGGAUAGAAGAUAGAAGAUACUGGAACUGGAUACCUACAGAAGAAUCUAGACAAGUGGAUCAGCGGACUCAUCUUCACAUGGCAAUCUUGUACAUGUUUGUGCCUCGAUUAACCAGAUUAUCUAGGUUCCAUGUUGUGGCCUAUUUGCAGCAAAUCUGGUGGUUUGAAGUAGAUGGGGUAGUCAAGUUCCAUUUUCCAGCUGAUGUCUAUACUCUAUCUUUCAGGCUUCAGCUAGGAAGAUUUUCCAAAAGGCUGGGGCGACGUGUGCCCAAUUUCGAACACACUCAUGGUUGGGAUAUAAAGCCAGUUCGAUUCCAGUUGUCUACUUCAGAUGGUCAGCAAGCAUCAUUUGAGUGCUGUUUAGAUGAGACUGAACGUGAAGAUGCAAAUGGAAACCACAAGCGUGGGUGCUGGAUAGAUUAUAAGGUAGGAGAAUUCAUUGUCACUGACUCAGAACCUGCCACUGAAGUAAGGUUUUCCAUGAAACAGAUUGAUUGUACACAUUCCAAAGGUGGGAUUUGUGUAGAUUCUGUAUUUAUUAUCCCCAGUGAUUUGAGAGGGCGAAAAAGAAGAGGAGUUUUGAAGAAGCCAUGAACUCAAAGGGCAUGUUGUUCAUGUAUUGUCAGUGAUCCCAGGAGAUCCUAUUGGGGUUUAUCAUAAAAGCUUUUACUUCUGAAGGCUUUUCAUGUUUUUAGAGGAUAUCUUGGUAAUUGGUUUUGGGGAGUUGGUACGUGUCCUAUAUGGGUCUGUAAUUUUCCCUUAUAUGUAUUUAAAGUUCGUUUUCAUUUUACACCUAUGCAGAAAAGAUUAAGAGAGUAUGUUUUGGUUUCA